CAAAAUGGCGGCUUCUCAUCCAAGUGAGGAGCACCGGCCUUUGAAAAAACCAAGGCUUGGCCCUCCAGAUGUAUAUCCACAAGUUCCGAAACAGAAAGAAGAUGAACUUGACCAAGCCAGUGUUAAGCAUGGCUUCAGCAACCAGUCAUCCUUCUCCGAUGAGUAUGGAUCAGAGAAAAAUGCUGACAUCAAUCUGGAUAAGUUUGGGACGCAGUUCAGCUCCAUCAUCACCAAGAAGAUGGAGAUCAACACAUUACAAGACUCGAAGAAAAGACAGCAGCCGCCAAUGAAGGACAAUUUCUGGCCGGCUGCAAGGAACAAGAUUGCUAUGGAAGCAUGGUUCAAGGAUCUUGCAGGAAACAAACCACUCGCUCAUCUCAGCAAAAAGGUUCCCACCUUCAACAAGAAGGAGGAGACGUUCACAACGCUAUGUGACUUUGCUGUUCCCAUGGUGCGAGCAGCCUGGUAUAUCAAGAUAACCACAGCACAUAAUAUGGCCUCAAAUGAAACCCGGAGGAAGAAACAAGCACCAGAUCUGUCGCUAGCAUGGACACAGGCGAUCACCAAGUUCCUGUAUGAGCAGCUCCAGAAGAUUCAGGAUGCAUACGGUGGCGGUGGUGCCCCACAGACCAGCUUCCUGACAGCAACCCAGCCCCCAGCACAGGUCGACCUGGAGCCAGCCCUGAAACACUUCCACUACACAUGUCGCUUGGCAAAACACAAAUUUAACGAGGGUUUGCUGGACCACCAAGAGUUUCUCAACUGGCUCAUUGAGCUCCUGGACAAGAUCAAACAGAACGAUGACACAGUUCUCAAACUCAUCCUAGCUCAGAUUGUUCAGUACCUGGAUGAGGUGACACUUUCGGCACUGUUGUCACGGAAACUGGCAUACUUCUGUAGUCGGAAGCUGGCCCAGCUGUGCAGUGAGUCCGGCUGCACCUCGCCUCGCACACAGUCCCCCAUGCUGACGACUAAUGGCAAUGGAGCCAUAACAACAACGAGCACCAACCAGUAUAUCUCCAGCCCAAUGGCAGUGAUGUUUGCCGAGCUGAGUGGCUGCCCUCAACACCGGAGCCUCAUUCUCAACCUGUCCGCCAUCUUACAGCGACUCACGCUCAAGUGUCCCACGGGCAUUGUAUGGAAUAACCUGGGGGAGGGAAAGAUCACAUCCUUCCUGUGUGGGUCCCCCUUGGAUCAUCUAGUGUGUGCUCCCUCUAGUCUACCAAUGCUGCCCGGACCACACAACCAACAGAUCCGCGCUCAGAUCCGAGCCUCUGAACACCAGAUCAAACUGCGGGGGAAGGGAGCUGAGGUGCGGUGGUCAUCAGACAAGUGUCAGCAGUCGGCCAAAGGGUUCGUGAUCAGCAAAGUCCUCCAUGUGCUAGAUAACCUGGACAAACACCAUUUUGACAAGGUUGACGUCAACAACUCUCAUGAUGUGCUCUACCAGAAAAUAUUCUCCAUCAACCAAACCAAAGAUGGCAAUGAGCCAAUGUUAGGGGAUGAGCCUAUCAUCAAGCUGCUCAUUGACUGGGCAGUGACAACACAACGCACUGGGGAUCAUAGGGCUGUCGUAGCAGCUAAACUGCUGGAACGCAGGCAGAAUGAGCUCAGGGCAGAGAAGUAUGGUGAUACAGACAUGAUGGAGGACAAAGACUCGAUUGGCUCGGACCAGAUGAUUCCCCCAGGACUGCCUGCCUUCCAGUCUCUGCUGAUGGAUUUCCUCGACAACCAGGCCCCAGUGCUAGAUGAAAAUCCAACAGAAGAAAACAAGCAAGCAUUCCGGAACCUGAUUCACCUGUUCUCUGAGCUGAUUCGCCAUGAUGUGUUUUCCCACGAUGCCUACAUGUGUACUCUGAUCUCCCGUGGUGACCUCCUUUCUUCCCCUGCUGUCAUGAUGCCCUCUGCAGACAGCGUGGACCUCCCCAGCAUCAAGAGUCAGAACGAGAGCAUCAAGCAUGAGCAUCAAGAUGACAUCAAGGUUGACAUGGACAUCGGUGCCCUAGUUGACACAGACUUCAACAGUCUGUUUGGGUCCGUUAAGGAUGAACAGAAGUCCAGCCCAGAGCCCCCAGCAUCCGUGAAAUCGGUCAAGUCGGAGAAGGAUCACACCCUCCAACACAGUGAUGCCCUGCCCACAGUCACCGCCCCAAAGGGUCCAUCACGGCAUAUGCUGUUUGCCACCCACUUCCCCAUUCCUCAAGAUGAAUAUUCCAGUCAUGAGUGCAACCAAAGACUCAUCGUCCUGUACGGUGUCGGCAAGCCCCGUGAUGAGGCCCGACAUGUCCUCAAGAAAAUCUCCAAGGAGGUUGUGAAGCUGUACAGCAAGAGGAACUGUAUCGAUGUCAGCAGUGGGGACCUUGGCAAGGUGAAGAAGAAGAAAGAGAAGGAAGGGGAGGCAACUGCUGCUGCGUCUGUGUCUGUGGUGCUGCCAAACUAUGAGGGCAUCUUCCAGAAGUUCCAGAAGCUGUCGUACUACGACCAGCACUCUGUCACAGAACAGUGCUGUGCUGCUGUCAUAGAGCAGAUCAACAGCUUUGUGUCUGGCAGCUCCAGUUAUCUCCCCUUGGUGGACAAUAUCUCCUAUUUAUUUGACCUGAUGGAAUACUCCCUGAAUAUCAAUGGUCUCAUUGAGUUUAUUUGCCAAAUGUUGAAGGAGAUGACGGAGGUGGAGUUGCAGCUGAGAAAGAACAAGUCCUCAUUGGCGGGGACAUUUACCACGUCGCUGGGGUUGUGUAUAGUCAGCGUUCUCAGGCAGUAUCACACCUACCUCUUGGUGUCUCAGGAUCUCACAUCACAAGCAUUUGAGUAUCUGUUCCUGCUGUGGAAGACGGUGGAGUCUAGUAACCCUGGGGAGUGUAUGUCCGCCAAGCGUUGUAUCAUCUCCUACCUCUGUGAUGUCUACUCUGCUUGUGCUUUCCUGAAGUCUCGGUUCUCUGAGAUGUUUAGUUCUGCUCACUCCCAAGUGAAGCAGACAAUCCACGUGUCUGUGACUCCAUCAGCCUCCAACUUGCGCUGGGACCCUGCCUUCAUGAUAGAGCUCAUCAGUACAGGAAAGUCGCAGCCAGACCCACAGGUGGUGAAGCAGCUGAGUGAGAAUCCCCCCAACAGAUACAGCUUCGUCUGCAAUGCCACCCUCAACAUCUGUAACUCACAGGUCCCAGAGAGGUUGAAUGAGAUCUCGUUGUUGUGUGCGGAGCUGACAGCUCGGUGUAAUCCCCUCAGCUCGGAGUGGCUGGGAGUUCUCAAGGCUCUCUGUUGUUCAUCCAUGCACAGUAGUGGAUUCAUAGAUGUCCUCACACAAAUAGAUGUGAGUGACCUGUCGAUACAUGACUCCCUGGCCGUGUUCACUGCUAUCCUGAUUGCCCGCCAGUGUUUCUCCCUGCAAGACCUGGUGAUACAUGUUGCACUGCCUUCCCUCCUUGCUGCCUGCCCUUCAGCUGGCGGGGAUCAGGAUGCAGAGCCAGGAGCACGACUCACCUGUCACCUUCUCCUGAGGCUGUUCAAGACCCACGAUCUAGUCCUGCCUCAGCCCACCUACGGGGGCGGGAUACGUAACCCGCCUAUGAUCAAGGCAUCAUGUGACCGGCAUCUACUGGAGGCCUCUCAUGACAGCAUCACCAUCGGUCCUGUCAUGGCCGUACUGAAGGCCAUGCUUGUGAUGGUUGAGUGUGACACCUGUGAUACAUCGACAGGUGAUUCGUGUAAUGAUGAAUCCAAAUCUAAGUCAGCAUCCAACUCCAACCACAAGGACAAGGGGGAUGACAUCAUUCAGACAUUGUUGCGAGGACUGGAUGAUGAUGUUGACAUGGACAUGGUCCUAGGUGCCCCAUCGAAGAGCACAAAGACGGGAAUGGAGAGCGCUGGGCUGAGUGAGUUCUCAAAGCAUGCCCUGAAGGAGAUGUGUGACCAGACGUGGGUUCAGGAAAAGUUCCUCAAAGACCCAGAGCGCCUGUUUGAUGGAGACACUCUCAUCGACCCAAUGCUCAGCAACAAACAGGCCCAGCAGCUUCUCCAGAUGAUCUGCUACCCCAAGGGUGUCCCGAACCAGGUGGAGGGCAGUGAGCCAGACAACAAGCAGGUCAUCCUCCGGAUCCUGGAGACACUUGACCAGUGGUCGCUGCGUGUGUCCUGGCUGGAGGUGCAGCUCAUGUUCAAACAGGCCACAACGCAAACUGAGACCAACAACAUCCUGGACAACAUAGCCAAGGGUACGAUAGACCUGUUCCACCAGCAGACCGAGUACAGCAAGUCUUCUGCAGGAUCGGCGUCCCCACAAGAAACCAACAAACUUGAGGUUGACAAGGACAGUGUCUGGCUUGUGGCUCCUCUCAUCUCAAAGCUGCCCAACACAAUCCAGGGGAGAGUACUCAAGUUGGCAGGACAGGUACUAGAGAGCGGCAACGACUUUGUCACCAUGAAAAGUAAGAUGGACAAAGAGAAGAACCAGAAGAGCAAGUCCCUGCUCGGACAUCAGCCCUUCCUGUCUCUGGUGCUCACAUGUUUGAAGGGUCAGGACGAGCAGCGAGAGGGGCUCCUCAACUCCCUACACAGUCAGCUGGAGAAGUUCAUCAACAACACAAGGGAACUACUGGACAAAUACCCAGAUGAAACAAAAAUCCGACAGAAUAUCCAUGAAUCUCUUCAGCUGCGUCUCUCACUGGUCGGGGGGAUGUUUGACACCAUCCAGCGCAACAACACCAACACCACCGACUGGGCCAUGUUGUUGGUGCAGCUCAUCAGUCAUGAUGUGGUCGACAUACAAACCAACAAUGAGUUGUUCAUGACGAUUAUCGACAUGUUGUCUGUGUUGAUACACGGAACGCUGCUGCCAGAUGGCUCCGACAAGGCUGACGACAACACCAAGACAUACAACAUCCUCACCAAGAAACUCAGGAGAGAGAUAGCAGACAAGCACACCGACUGCACGGACUCACUCCGACUCCUGUUACCCCUCCACAAGAAGAUGUACGAGGUGAUAACAUGCGAGUCACAUGGUAGUCUGGUCGAUAGCAAGGGCAACAAGAUCACUGGCUUCGACUCCAUCGGGAAGAAACAGGGUCUGCAAGUAGCACAGAAGGUGCCAAUCAGCCCGUGGGAUGUGAUCGAGGGCUACAAGAACCCAGCUCCCAUCUCGUGGUCAUACUUCAGUGCGGUUAGGUUGGAGCGUAAGCCUCUCAAGUAUGAGGAUCAGCACAGGUUGCUGCUGUACCACACACACUCCAUGAAGAGGCCCAACAGCUACUACCUGGAACCCCCCAGUCUCCCCCCAGAGGACCUGGAACCCCCACCAGAGAAAGUGGAGGAGAAGUUGAUAGACAAAAAUGAGAGCAACAACCAGGAAGGUGUCAAGAAACAGAAAAGUCAGCGACGGAGACGUCAGCCCAAGCCCUCAGCAAUACAGCCGCCUGUCCGGCCCUACCCAUACCAGGAGACGAUGUACCAGCCCAGCGGGCCCCACCCCACCUGGAUGACUCCGCCCCAGGCUCAGCCCUCCUAUGGCUACUCCUCACAACCCAUGCCGGGCCCUGGAGACUAUCCUAAUAGGCAGCGAUUUACUGGCAAUGCCAGCAGCUCCAAGUUCAUCCUGAACAGCAUGCUGCGCAGUCGGUCCACUCACCCGCAGCAGGCGCAGUACGGCAUGCAGCAGAACCCCAUGAACCCCAUGAUGAUCCAGAAACACCAGCAGCAUCAGUACAUCCGCCAGCAGAUCCUGCAGAAACAGCGCAUGUACAACAACAACAGCUCCAUGCACAGCUCCUCCAUGCAGCCAAUGCCAGGGAUGCCCCAGAACUACCCGGGAGCACCAUAUGGGUCGAUGCAGCAGCAACAGCCACCACAGCAGCAGCAGCAGCAGCCGCAGCAGCAGCAGCAGGGGCCGUCUCGGAUGAUGGAUCCGAUCGGGGGCAACAUGAUGCAGAGCUACAACCAGCAAUACCAGGACUCCGGGAACACCCCCAGCAUGAUGCAGCCCGGGAUGCAGCAGCAGGGAUACAUCGCCCAGCAGCCCAUGCAGCAGGCUCAGGCACAGUACACGCCCACUCAGAGGAUGCAGCCCCCCAUGGGGAAUAUGAACACCGGCAUGGGCGGCAUGUCUGGCUACAAUCAGAUGGGUCCUGCCGCGCCACAGCAGCAACAGUCGUCCUACAUGACACCACAGCAACAACAGCAGCAGCGCUACCAGCAGAUGAGGCAACAACAGCAGCAGCAGCAGAUGAUGCAGAUGCAGCAGCAGCAGCAACCCCAGCCGCAGAUGUCGCAGUCAGCGAUCCCCACACAGCAGCAACAAGCAACAGCGGCACUGGUGGCCCAGCUACAGCGACAGAUGUCUGGUGGCAAUAGUAUGCAGGGACAACAGGGACAGCAGUAUCAACAACAGUACCAACAGCAGUACCAGGUGUAGGCUGCAUGAGUAACUGUACAGGAUGUCAGCAGCACAGGGGAUCAACAACAGCGGUACCCAGUGUAGGCUGCAUUAAGUAACUGUACAGAAUGUCAACAGCACAGGGGAUCAACAACAGCGGUACCCAGUGUAGGCUGCAUUGAGCAGCUGAACAGAAAACUUGUAAGUAACAGCUAUUCCAAAGUCCAUCCAGCAUGGGAAAUCAACAGAACAGAAUAUCCACAACAGCAUUGUGUAUCAACAACAAGCAUGUGACAACAGCGUUCUAUGUCAUUAACAAGAAGUAUGUGACAACAGCGUUCUAUGUCAUUAACAACAAGCAUGUGACAACAGCGUUCUAUGUCAUUAACAACAAGCAUGUGACAACAGCGUUCUAUGUCAUUAACAACAAGCAUGUGACAACAGCGUUCUAUGUCAUUAACAAGAAGUAUGUGACAACAGCAUUCUGUAUCAACAACAGCAAGUAUGUCACAACAGCAAAAUAUAGAGAUGUAGGACAUUGGUUGCGACAACAGGGCACCAUCUGACACAGGUUGCUGUGUGAAAUGGCUUGAAGUCCCAGUAUUGCAGAGGAAACUACAUCCAAGCAUAGAUGUAGUGAUGGCCGUCGUCAAGGCCACAGUGGACAAUGAGACUGUACAGAUAGUGUGUUUCUCAAUAUUAUGUUUGAAUGUGCUGUGUUACAAUGAACCCAAGUGCAAUGUCUCCUGUUUUUCAUCAUGUCAUACUCCAUCUGUUAUCAUCUUAAGUUCAUUUCUUUGUUGUGUCAUACAAAAAUAUCAAACACUUAGCAAUAAUCCAUUGAACUGGCAGUGACAUCCCCUUCACCUCAGUCCCUGCUGUAGCACAUGCACAUCAAACAUAAGCCAUCCCUUGUCAGUCUUUAGGCAGGACAUUGUACUAUGAUGAACAAGAAAUGUGGAAGAAAUACUUCAACUCAUAGUAAAUGCAUUGAUUUAUUUAUUGUUACUGGUCAUGUGAUUAGUGAAAACAAGAAUUCUCUGAUGUAUAGUCCAAGAAAUGAGAAGCAAUUGCCUCAGUUUCCAGAGUGGUAUAGUAUUCAUUUGAGAACAUGUCUACUGUCUGUUCUUAAUCAGCAUAAGAAACAUUCUAGUUUAAUUGCAAUGCAUUUACUUGUACAUUUAGAAAUAAAAGAUGAUGUUUGUUUUGUAACUGUAAAUAAAUGUUAUUUUCAGUGGGUCAUGUGUACAGCAGUACCAUGUUAGAUUUGUACAGUUGUUUGUAUGGAUGUUUUGUGUCUGCGUCAUUGUUCCCUUGAAUGGAGUUCAGUCAUUAUUUAUUGUCAUGAAGCCUAGUGCUGGAUCAUGGGAAUCGCAUUUACAAUCAAACUGAAUCAUGAUUCAAAGUCAUUGUAAAUAAAUUCGAGAACAAAGA